AUGGAAAGUGAAUUAAAGAUUGAGGGAAAUGCGUUGGUUAUUUUCCCUGAGAAAUUAUCGAAAAUUUCCAUGCAAAUGGCGACGAUUGAGGCACUGAAAGAGAAAGAUCUUGGAAAUGCUGCUUAUAAACAAAAAAAGUUUGAUGAAGCGCUUGGGCAUUAUGAUAAAGCUAUCGAACUUGAUCCUACAAAUAUGACAUUAUUUUCAAAUAAAGCUGCUGUCAUGUUUGAAAAAGGUGAAUAUGAAAAUUGUAUCGAACUGUGUAAGCAGGCAGUGGAUGUUGGUCGUGAACAACGCGCAGAUUAUCCUCUCAUUGCAAAAGUUCUGACACGAAUAGGAAAUGCUUAUAUGAAAAUGGAUCAAAUGAAGGAAGCGAUUGUUUGGUUUGACAAAUCGUUAUCCGAACAUCGGGAUCAGGAGUUACUCAAAAAGAAAAAGAACUUGGAAAAACUAUUGGCCGAAAAAGAAAGAUUGGCUUAUAUAAAUCCUAAAAUCGCUCAAAAAGAAAAAGAAUUAGGAAACGAACUCUUUAAAGAGGGAAAAUACCCUGAAGCUAUGAAACACUAUAACGAAGCCGUUAAGAGGGAUCCCGAUAAUGCCAUCCUUUACUCCAAUAGAGCAGCAUGCUAUACGAAACUUAUGGAUUUCCAGAGGGCAUUAGAAGAUUGUGAAACUUGCAUCAAAAAGGAUCCGAAAUUCAUUAAGGGAUAUAUAAGAAAAGGUGCUGCAUUAUCUGCUAUGAAGGAAUAUGCAAAGGCGCGAAGUGCUUUUGAAGCUGCACUCGCACUUGACAGUACAAAUGUUGAGGCUCGUGAAGGAUUAACGAAUGCAAUACGAAAUGAUGAUGAGCCAAUAGAACAAGCACGUAAGCGUGCCUUGCAAGAUCCAGAAGUUCAAGAAAUUUUAAGAGACCCAGGAAUGAGAUUGCUAUUGGAACAAAUGAGCAAUGAUCCAGGAGCCGUCAAAGAACAUUUACGCAAUCGUGAUAUUCUACAAAAGCUUUUAAAGCUUCAAGAAGCUGGUAUUAUACAAAUGAGAUGA